AUGGAAAACCAGCAAGAAUAUGACGACCCGUUCUCGGCCAUAGGCAGUGGUCUGAGAGGGUUCUUUCGCUCAUUGCCAGGGCAUGGUAUUGUGAUGCGCUACAUUGCGAGUAGCUAUCAAAAAGACCCUAUCCGUUCGCUCCUCGAGUUGAUUCUCUUCAUUUUUGCGGUGCGCACGAUUUUGCAGAACCGCACGCGAAGCGGACAGUCGACGUCCAACUAUGUACAGUUGAGCGAGAGCGAGAUCGACUACCUUGUCCAGGACUUUGAGCCAGAGCCACUUUGUCAGCCGCUGACAGAGACAGAGAAGCACGACCUGGAAAGCGUGCCCAUGAUUGUGGGCCACACGGGCCCCCACGUAAAAGUCACUGCAACAUGGCUCAGUGGAACACAGCCAAAAGACGUGAUCAAUAUGGCAAGCUUCAAUUUUGCUGGUUUGGUCAGCGAUCCCGACAUGAGCAAGCAAGCGCAAAAAAUUCUGCGUGAUUACGGCGUGGGCAGUUGCUCUCCCCCUGGCUUCUACGGUACGAGUGACAUGCACAUGCGCCUUGAAAAAGAGCUUGCGCGCUUUGUGGGAAAAGAGGAUGCAAUCAUCUACAGUCAGGGAUUCUCUACUGUUUCGGGCGUCAUUCCCGCAUUUAGCAAGCGCGGCGAUAUCAUUGUCGCCGACGCUGGCGUGAAUUUUGCCAUUCAACAAGGACUGCAACUCUCGCGCAGCACGGUGUACUGGUACAACCACAACGACAUGGACUCGCUCGAAUCGCUCCUAAAGCGUGUUCAGGAGCAGCAGGACAAGAGCGACGGUCCCCUCCGGCGGCGCUUUAUCGUAACCGAGGGAUUCUUUGAGUCUGACGGCACCUGCUGCAACCUGCGCAAGAUUGUCGAGCUGAAGAAGCGCUACCGUUUCCGCCUAUUCUUGGACGAGUCGUACAGCCUCGGCGCGCUUGGCCCCACAGGCCGUGGCAUUACCGAGGCACAGCAGGUGAGUGCCGACGAUGUCGAGUUUAUCAUCGGCAACAUGGCGAUCGCGUUUGGUUCCAGCGGCGGUUUCUGUGCCUCGUCCUCCUUCGCGGUAAAGCACCAGCGCAUCAAUGGCCUCUCCUUCGUUUUCUCUGCGGCUAUGCCCGUGAUGCUCGCCACGGGCUCCAUGCUGGCGAUGCAAAAGCUGAGCAUGCACGCCGAGCUCAUGACCAGACUGCGCGAAAACGUGAACAAGGUGCGCGCAGUGUUGACCAAGAUCGAGAGCAUCUAUAUCCCGAGCGACCCUGACAGUCCGCUGAUCCAUAUCCAGGUACGCAGCAAGACAAACGCGCUGCAGGACCACUUGGCCCCUCCGUCGCCAAACUCGGUUGAGAAUAUGCACGACUUGAGCAUCAAGGAGCAGGAACAACUCCUCCAGCAGAUUGUGGAGCGGGCACUGAACAGCGGUGUGAUGCUCACACGCUCGAGGCGCCUGCCCAACGUCAUGCAUGCGAGCCAAUACCUCCACGCAGGUCCGAGCAUUCCGCUUGCCGUCAGUGCUGCCUUCAGCGCCACCGACGUUGCAAGCGGCGCGGAUAUUGUGCGUGGGGCUAUUGUCAGUGUGCUUGGUGAUCGCCGUUAG